CUGCCGGAACACACAACCGCGACGAACGAAACAUUCCCGCAGAAGCGCAGCGAUCGGAUUGCUCUCUAGAACCGCGUGGACAACUUUUGUUCUGUGUUGUGCCUGAAGUCCUCGGAACAUCGCAGUAAGCCUCGCCGAAAAUGAUCCGCUCUGUGUGAAGCUGCAGCUGGAUGGCGUUCUGCAUCGGAACUCGGUAAACCCGAAUGCACCAAGCAAGGAUUCGAUCGUAUUAUCGAAGGCAAACAAGUGGUGGCCAAUUUUAGUGUUCUUAUCAUUUUAUGUGUGUAUGUACGUGGAGUAUUUGUGUGACACGAACGGACAAUAAUUGAAGGCGAACUUUUCCUUUGGAUAGUCCAUCAAAGUGUCUGCAAGAUGCUGAAUUUCCCUGUACGGAGGCCGGAACUGUACGAGGAGCUGCGCGGAGCUUUGAAGGCCGAAAACUAUGAACAGCUCACCGUCCUGCUUAGGGAACUGCGCAACGCAUUCCACAAUCAGUCAACGGAUUCUUCGACGGCAAAUAAAACGAUCCAUGCGGAUGAGCUGCAACUGUGGCUCGGGGAUGUGGGUCGAUUGUUGUUUCUGAAGAAAGACAACCCCACCAAAGCAGCUGCCCUGGAAGCGCUGGAAGCGGCCAUACCAUACCUUGAAAGCACCAAUUACCAAGAACUUCCCGUCUGGCAGACGCUGCGGACGACGAUAGGCAACGAGUACACGGCACUGCUGGAUACGGCUCGUAGCGAGAAAGACCCAACCUGGCACCGAGUGUGGUCGGUGUUGGUACGCAUGAUGCACUACGAAAUAAUCCAGGGCUCCACGAUCAUCAAUUUGUUUCUGUCGAUCGUCGAAGCUGGCUUUCGAUCACCGGAAAGUUCCAUCCGCGAACAGUCCUUCGAUUGCUGGCGACUGCUGGUGGAGGUCUUUGCCCAACAUCAGCAGAUCAUUUUUCCCAAGCGCAUAAGGCUCAUCUGUAUACCGCUAAAGAGCUCCAAAUCCAAGACAGAGUUGAUUGCGAGGAAAAAGUUCGACAUCUGGUGGUAUCUGAUGACGCAGCUACGGGACCAUUUGGACGCAUUCAUGGAAUCCAUCUUUGAACCGUUCAUUUACUUUUGCUUCGGACCCUCGUUCAAACCGCCGCUGUGCUACUAUUUCGAUGAAUCCCUCCAGGAGUUUGGAACUCCCGGCAAAACAUAUCAAUCAAUCAAGCAACUAUCAGCCAUCGCGCUAAUGCAUCUGCUCGGUCCCGCUCCUGAAAUUACUAAAACAUUAUUAACUCUCGAUGGGGCCGAGAAUAAAAAUCCGUUGGUUUUUGCUUGUAGCGACAAAGGAAUGGCUAUAUCGGCUCAGCUGUUCCGGGCUAAAGUAAAACUGUUGCUCAAUUCGUGCACAGAGUGCACGGUACUUUUCUCACAGAUGAAACAUCUCAACUAUCUAGAGCUCAAUCGGUGUCUAUGGCGCAACUAUAUAGCGCGAGCAGAGAAGCUGGAAUCGAGGGGUGAGGUGCUUCAUUGGUUUCGAGACGAUAUGACGGCACUCCUCAACUUGGCCGUAAAGCAGAAUAACGAUCCUGUGUUACUUGAGCUGUUGUGGGAAACGCUGUUACUGGUAGCCCAGAGUGACCUACUUACUGUGCGAAUUGGUACCGAUUCUCCCGACCGUUUGACGCAGAAUUAUAAACAUUUUAUGCCGACCGUACUAAGCAAAACAUUCCCUUGUCCUGAGAGUAAAUCGAAGGAAAUUGUGGAACAUGUGUUUGAUCUGAAACGUUACUGCCAACAGCAAGGAUAUUGGGAGAUGCUUCAAAAGACGAUACAAUUUCUCUGUGACCCAGAGGGUAUGGACCAUACGAUAAUGGCUGAAUUUGGCGUGAUACGCACACACAUCUAUUGCCAUAUAGCCUCCGGCCUGAUGGAACGCAUCAAAGAAGAUCCACAGGGGUUCGACAAACAUCGUUCGACGGUUAUGAAUUUCUUGCUCUACCCCCUUGAAUUCGACCAGCUGAUGGUAAUGGAAACGGUGCAGAAACAAUGGAUUGAGCUGUACAAACCGAUCGUCUCCUAUGAUCAGCGAUCCUGCGAGUUCGCGAACGGUUUCUGUGAAAUGAUCAAAGCUAUGACUGUGGCGAAGUAUUCAUUCAAUUUUGAUGUGGUGACGGAUUACGUUGGCCACAUUUUAAGCUCUGUUCCCGGUGACUUUGAGCCCGCUCACCCACCACAGAAAGUAAUCGAGUUAUUCAAGGAUCUCACGCGCAAGGGUUUGGUGUACAAAACCAACCUGGAUCGUCUGGAUGUAAUGCUACGCCACUUCCGGGAACUAGUGACGCGGAUGAACAAAGCUGGCCUGUUGACAUUGAUAAUGCCGAUUCGGCAUGCGAUAGGCGAAAUGAUAGCCAACGAGCAGGGGCUGGCAAUGGCUGAAAUCAAAAGGAUUCUAAAUGUAAUGGCUGGAAAGUUCGUGAACCCCACCAUGAUGACCGAGUUACAACGACAGCCGAGUGAGAUCA